AUGAGCAAGGAGAAGCUGCCAGCAGGCCGGGAUGACGAGACCCAGGCACUGGCGGUAGCGAGAGCAGAGGAGGAGCUGCUGCGUAACUUUCAGCGUGUAAAGCAGAAGGUACAACACUCGCCUCUAACGACCACGACCGAGACGCACCCGAUGUCAGCACCACCGGAUGUGCAUGGCCCGGUGUUCGUAUUUGGCGAUAAGGAAGAGGAGUCGGCCACCCCAAAAAGAAGCCGCGAUGCUGUGAGCCCAGGCGGAAAAUCCGACGGAGCCAAAAAGCAGAAGGUCGAAGCUAGCGCACAAGCCCUGGUUGAGAAGCUUGGAACGAUGCUGGAUGACAUGAUCGCGAAGUUCACGGACACCAAAAAGCAACAACAAAAAGAAGUUAUCCCCGACGCCCACCCCGAGCGCACCACCCUAUGCGCUAGCCAGCAGACAACCCCGACGCUGAGUGGCACGAAGCAUGCGGAUGCACCCGCAGGCAGGCCAGGAAAUCCAGCUUGGCAACUUGUUAAGGCCAAGCCCAAGCCGAAGUACCCUCAGACCAGAUCUGAGACCAGCGUGCGGGAGGAAGAUCGCGCACCACGCACUCCGAAGCCAAGGAAACAGCGCUCUGACGCUAUUCUAAUCAAAUGCAACGAAGGAUCCUACGCGGACAUGCUGAAGAUUGUAAAAACCGAGCCCUCCCUACAGGGACUCAAGAAUAGCGUGCAAGGUGUGCGAAGGACAGCUAAUGGCGGGCUCCUGCUUAGGAUGCAAAAGCCCCUCGAUCCAGCUACGCAACAGCUACAAGCUGCCAUAAAGACAGCCAUCUCCGGCAAAGCGGAAGUGACCGUCAUGCAUGAAACAGUCCAGGUGGAGAUUCACGAUCUGGACGACAUGACCAGCGGAGAGGAGGUCACCAUGGCCCUGUUCGCUGGCGAAGAAUGCGACAUUUCAGGCGACUCUGCACCCAGGAUGCGGAAAGCAUUCGGCGGGACUCAGAUCGCUACGGUCAACCUUAGACCUGAGCAUGCGCGGAGGCUGCUGGAGAAGGGCAAAAUCCGGAUCGGAUGGGUCGUCUGCCGCAUUAGGCAGAAGACAGAACCGAAGCGCUGCUUUAAGUGCAUGGGCUUCGGACAUAAUGCUGUGAGAUGCCGAGCCCCGGAAGCAACAGCCAAGACCACGCAGGACUCCUGCUUCAAAUGCGGAGGCACUGGCCAUAAGCACAAAACAUGCCAUGGCAAGCCUAUAGCAGCCCAGGACCUCCUGUCCCAAACGGCUACGGAGCUGAAAACAGACAUCGCUAUACUAAACGAACCGUAUAGGGCAAAACCUGACGGUGUGUGGCAGCAGAGCACCGACGGCGGGGCAGCCAUCUGGAGCUGCGGGCAGCCUGCGGGCCAUAUGACGCAGAGAGCGUCGAGACCUGGCUACACCAGGGCCAAGAUCCAUGAGGUGACCGUGUACAGCUGUUACCUUGCUCCGAGCAUGCACAUAGACGCCUUCCGAGAGGUGGUGCAGGAGAUCGCCCAGGACGCCCGUGGAAGGUCGCCGGUAUUAAUCGCUGGGGACUUCAAUGCAUGGUCCACCGCCUGGGGGAGCUCGAGGACAACGCAGAGGGGAACCAUCCUCCUGGAUGCCCUGGCCACCCUGAAUGUCUGCCUCCUCAACGACGGUAACAGGUGCACCUACAGCAAGGCAGGCAGAGAGUCAGUCAUCGACCUGACCUUUGCCAGCCCGGAACUCACCCGGAACAGCCAAUGGGAAGUCACGGACCUGCUAACAUACAGCGACCAUGCCGCGAUAACCUUCAAGACGAUGCACAGCCAGCAGCGACUUCCUGACCGGCAAACUGCGUAUAGGGUACACACCCUAAACGUAGAAGUGCUUCUAGCCAGCAUGGAUUGCAACGCCAUCAUUGGGGAUGCAAAUAGCUGCGCGGAUGCGUUAUCUGCCAGGAUCAAGGCUGCCUGCGAUGCGGCAAUGGAGAGCUCCAGCAGGGGAUGUGGCAGGCGACCAGUCCCGUGGUGGAACCAGGAGAUAGCCACAGCCCGAAGCGAGUGCCUCUCAGCAAGGCGGAGAUGCCAGCGAAACAGAGGACGCCCUCUGCAAGGGAUGUACGAGUCCAUCUACAGGGAGAGGAAGAAAGCCCUCAAAGUGGCCAUCAGGGCGAGCAAAAACAGGUGCUUCCAGGACCUCUGCGACGCGGCUGACCAGGAGCCGUUCGGGUCGGCCUACAAGAUGGUAAUGGGAAAGCUAAUCAGACAGCCGACACCAACCUCCCAUGAGCAACUGGGAGCAAUAGUUACCACGCUGUUCCCAGCCCAGCCGCCCCCUAGUGCUUCCCAACGUGACCGUGGGGGAACCAAUCCCUAUUGA